GUUCAUCACGAGAUCUGCAUCUAACGUAUUGAAAAUUAGUGAAAAUGUUCAAAUUUGUAAUUCUGUCGGCGUUCCUGGCGGUUGCUGUUGCACAGCACUACGAUACACAAUAUUAUCAGCAACCGGACUAUUACACCCAACCAGCUUUGCUGAAAACCAUCCAGCCAACGUUGGUCAAAGCUGUUAACCAUGUGGAAUACCCGGAAGCUCCCGCUGAAUAUCGCUUCGCUUACGACGUCCACGAUGAGCACACCGGAGAUAUCAAAAGCCACCAGGAGGAACGUCACGGAGACAAUGUCAAGGGAUACUACACCGUGGUCGAUCCCGAUGGAUUCCGUCGCGUUGUGGAGUACAGCGUUGAUGGACACAGUGGAUUCAACGCCGUUGUCCGCCGUGAACCUUUGGAGGGACACAAACUGGUGAAGGCUGCCGCCCCAGUAAGCUAUGCCGCUGCACCAGUCCAACACUAUCAACCAACCGUCACCAAGGUUGUUGCUCCAGCGAUUGCCAACCUGGCUUACGCACCACAGUAUGAUGCGAUCAAUCAGCUGCAGUUUGGUGGGCUAUCCUCUAACUAUGAUUACUAAACGGCGCACUUACAAUCGAUAUCGU